AUGCCAACUACCAGCUCCUUAUCUGAUACCAGCACUUUGCCAACUACCAGCUCCUUAUCUGAAACCACCACUGUGCCAACAACCAGCUCUUUAUCUAAACCCAACUCUAUGCCAAUUGAAACACCAAAAUCUUCACCUGAAAUAAGUACAACCUUAUCCUCUACUUUAUCAGCCAGCACGUCUUCCCCCAGAACGCGCCCUUUACAACUGAAAAUACUGAACUUAAAUUACACGGAGGGCCUUCGAAACCCUUCUUCAGUAGAAUACAGAGAGCUGGUAUCUAGGAUUGAAACACUGAUCCAGGAUUUCUUUAAUAGAAUGUACUCAGUGGAAAGGGUCACGGUCACGGAACUGAAGGAGGGCUCUGUGAUUGUCACCUUGUUGUUAACCUUUUCUAAUGGCACUAAAGUCCCUACGUCUGAAGAGAUUGUCAUGGCGAUUUAUGAAGCUGUGAAAAAUACUAACUCGAUGCUAGCAGAGUUUCUCCUGGAUGUGUACAGCAUUGAAUCUAACGGUGUAAAAAUAUACCCAGCUACAAUAAAACCCGCUACUAGCUCCCCACUUUAUACCAGCACUGUGCCAACUACCAGCUCACUGUCUGAAACCAGCACUCUGCCAACUACCAGCUCCUUAUCUGAAACAAGCACUGUGCCAACUACCAGCUCCUUAUCUAAAACAAGCACUGUGCCAACUAUCAGCUCACCAUCUGAAACCAGCACUGUGCCAACUACCAGCUCCUUAUCUAAAACAAGCACUGUGCCAACUAUCAGCUCACCAUCUGAAACCAGCACUGUGCCAACUACCAGCUCACUGUCUGAAACCAGCACUGUGCGAACUACCAGCUCCUUAUCUAAAACCAGCACUGUGCCAACUACCAGCUCCUUAUCUAAAACCAGCACUGUGCCAACUACCAGCUCCUUAUCUAAAACCAGCACUGUGCCAACUACCAGCUCCUUAUCUAAAACCAGCACUGUGCCAACUACCAGCUCCUUAUCUAAAACCAGCACUUCUGAGACCAGCAGUGUGCCAAUUAUCAACUCCUUGUCAAAAACCACCUCUAUGCCAACUGCCAGUGCCUUAUCUAAAAUCAGCACUGUGCCAACUACCAGCUCCUUAUCUAAAAACAGCACUAUGCCAACUACCGGCUCCUUUUUGGAAACCAGCACUGUGCCAACACUCAACUCAUUAUUUGAAACCAGCACUAUGCCAAGUACAAGCUCCUUAUCUGAAACCAGUACUGUGCCUACUACCAGCUCCUUAUCUAAAACCAGCACUGUGCCAACUACCAGCUCCUUAUAUGACACCAGAACUGUGCCGACUACCAGCUUACUGUCUGAAACCAGCACUGUGCCAACUAUCAGCUCUUUAUUUGAAACCAGAACCAUUCCAGCUAUCAACUCCCUAUCUGAAACCAGCACUAUACCAACUACCAGAUCACCAUCGGAAUCCAGCACCAUGCCAAAUAAACCUGGAGCCAACUCUGUAUCCACUGUGAGUUCUACACCUCAAACCAACCCAGUGUCUACUGUGAUUUCUACACAUGAAAUCAGCUCCAAAUCCCCUGUGGGUUCUACACCUGGAACCUCUGUAUUCACUGUGGGUUUUACACCUGGAACCAGCUCUAUAUCCACUUUAGGUUCUAUACCUGGGACCAGCUCUAAAUCAACUGUAGGAUCUCCAUCUGAAACUAGCUCUAUGUCCAAUAUGGGUUCUCUUCCUGAAACCAGCUCUAUAUCCACUGUAGGUUCUACACCUGGAACCUCAAUAUUCACAAAGGAUUUUACAUCUGCAACCAGCUCUGUAUCCACUGCGGGUUCUACACCUGGAUCCAGCUCUAUACCCACUGUAGGUUCCACACCUGGAACCAGUUCUAUAUACACUGUGGUUUCUCCAUCUGAAACUAGUUCUAUGUCCAGUAUAGUUUCUCUUCCUGGAACCAGUUCUGUAUCCACUUUGGGUUCUACACCUGGAACCUCUGUGUCUAUUGUGGAUUCUACAUCUGGAACUAGCUCUAAAUCCACAGUCAGUUCUUCAUCUGAAACUAGCUCUAUGUCCACUAUAGGUUCUCUUCCUAGAACCAGCUCUGUAUCAACUGUGGUUUCUACACCCAGAACUAGUUCUAUAUCCACUGUGAGUUCUACACUUCAAACCAGUUUAGUGUCCAUUGUGGGUUCUACUCCUGGAACCAGCUUUGUAUCCACUCUGGGUACAACAUCUGGAAACAGCUCUAUAUCCAUUGUGGGUUCUACAUCUGGAACAAUCUCUUCCUCAUCUGCAGGAUUCCAGCCUGUAGUUAUAACAAGCCUCCCAACAGCCAAUAGACCUUCUUCCACCCCAACAUCAGGAACAAUCCAAUCUACAAGCACAGCGGCCACCAUUACAUCUGCAGAUACAACUUCCACCGCUAAAGAAGACUCUCAAAACAUUUUCACUUCCUUUGUAACAGCAAGUACAUUAGACUCAUCCGCCAUCACUCUGCUCCCAACAAGGCUUUUAUUCAUCAGAAUUACAAACAGGACUUACACAAGUGAUCUCAGUAUCACCUCCUCUGGUACAUAUCGUUUGCUCAAAGCGGAGGUAGAGGACACGACUUUUCAAUUCAUAAACCAGAGUUUUAAUCUGAAACAAGUGGAGGUGCUAGAAUUCGGGAAUGGAUCAGUCACAGUGGAGCUUCGUUUAACCUUUGCUGAUGGUGCCAGUGUCCCCGCAGACCCUGCAUUGAUCAGGUCUCUCUUUGACCAAGUGCGAGCUGGGAAUACGACAUUUGGGAAUCUGCAGAUCGACUUCCUUAGCAUUCGAUUUAAUGGUACUGUAAUAUAUCAAGAAACAAGCACCAUAUUACCCCAAACUGUACCCAGUUUAGCAUCUAAUACCAGUUCUUUGUCCACUGCAAGUCAAACAUCCGGAACUAGUCUGACAUCUACAUCAAGUCCAACAUCUAGAACUAGUCUGACAUCUACAGGAGGUCCAACAUCUGGAACACGUCUGACAUCUACUGCAGGUCCAACAUCUGGAACUAGUCUGAUAUCUACAGCAAGUCCAACAUCUGGAACUAGACUGAUAUCUACAGCAGGUCCAACAUCUGGAACUAGUCUGACAUCUACAGAAGGUCCAACAUCUGGAACUAGUCUGACAUCUACAGCAGGUCCAACAUCUGGAACUAGUCUGACAUCUACAGAAGGUCCAACAUUCGGAACUAAUCUGACAUCUACAGCAGGUCCAACAUCUGGAGCUAGUCUGACAUCUACAGCAGGUCCAACAUCUGGAACUAGUCGGACAUCUACAGCAAGACCAACAUCCGGAACUAGUCUGACAUCUACAGGAGGUCCAACAUCUGGAACUAGUCUGACAUCUACAGGAGGUCCAACAUCUGGAACUAGUCUGACAUCUACAGGAGGUCCAACAUCUGAGACAAUUCUGACAUCUACUGCAGGUCCAACAUCUGGAACUAGUCUGAUAUCUACAGCAAGUACAACAUCUGGAACUAGUCUGAUAUCUACAGCAAGUACAACAUCUGGAACUAGUCUGACAUCUACAGCAAGUCCAACAUCUGGAACUAAUCUGACAUCUACAGCAAGUCCAACAUCUGGAACUAGCCUGACAUCUACAGAAGGCCCAACAUCUGGAACUAGUCUGACAUCUACAGCAGGUCCAACAUCUGGAACUAGUCUGACAUCUACAGCAAGACCAACUUCUGGAACUAGCCUGACAUCUACAGAAGGUCCAACAUCUGGAACUAGCCUGACAUCUACAGAAGGUCCAACAUCUGGAACUAGCCUGACAUCUACAGAAGGUCCAACAUCUGGAACUAGCCUGACAUCUACAGAAGGUCCAACAUCUGGAACUAGUCUGACAUCUACAGAAGGUCCAACAUCUGGAACUAGUCUGACAUCUACAGCAGGUCCAACAUCUGGAACUAGUCUGACAUCUACAGCAGGUCCAACAUCUGGAACUAGCCUGACAUCUACAGCAGGUCCAACAUCCGGAACUAGUCUGACAUCUAGAGCAGGUCCAACAUCUGGAACUAAUCUGACAUCUACAGCAGGUCCAACAUCUGGAACUAGUCUGGCAUCUACAGCAGGUCCAACAUCCGGAACUAAUCUGACAUCUACAGCAAGACCAACAUCUGGAACUAAUCUGACAUCUACAGCAGGUCCAACAUCUGGAACUAGCCUUACAUCUACAGAAGGUCCAACAUCUGGAACUAGUCUGACAUCUACAGAAGGUCCAGCAUCUGGAACUAGUCUGACAUCUACAGCAGGUCCAACAUCUGGAACUAGUCUGACAUCUACAGCAGGUCCAACAUCCGGAACUAAUCUGACAUCUACAGCAAUACCAACAUCUGGAACUAGCCUGACAUCUACAGCAAGUCCAACAUCUGGAACUAGCCCGACAUCUACAGCAAGUCCAACAUCUGGAACUAGUCUGACAUCUACAGCAGGUCCAACAUCUGGAACUAGUCUGACAUCUACAGCAGGUCCAACAUCUGGAACUAGUCUGACAUCUACAGCAGGUCCAACAUCCAGAACUAUUCUGACAUCUACAGCAAGUCCAACAUCUGGAACUAAUCUGACAUCUACAGCAGGUCCAACAUCUGGAACUAGUCUGACAUCUACAGCAGGUCCAACAUCCAGAACUAAUCUGACAUCUACAGCAAGUCCAACAUCUGGAACUAAUCUGACAUCUACAGCAAGACCAACAUCUGGAACUAAUCUGUUAUCUACAGCAAGUCAAACAUCUGGAACUAGCCUGACAUCUACAGAAGGUCCAACAUCUGGAACUAGCCUGACAUCUACAGAAGGUCCAACAUCUGGAACUAGUCUGACAUCUACAGCAAGUCCAACAUCUGAAACUAGCCUGACAUCUACAGCAAGUCCAACAUCUGGAACUAGCCUGACAUCUACAGAAGGUCCAACAUCUGGAACUAGUCUGAUAUCUACAGAAGGUCCAGCAUCCGGAACUAGUCUGACAUCUACAGCAGGUCCAACUUCUGGAACUAAUCUGACAUCUACAGCAGGUCCAACAUCUGGAACUAGCCUGACAUCUGCAGAAGGUCCAACAUCUGGAACUAGCCUGACAUCUACAGAAGGUCCAACAUCUGGAACUAGUCUGGCAUCUACAGAAGGUCCAACAUCUGGAAGUAGUCUGACAUCUACAGCAGGUCCAACAUCUGGAACUAGUCUGACAUCUACAGCAGGUCCAACAUCCGGAACUAAUCUGACAUCUACAGCAAGUCCAACAUCUGGAACUAAUCUGACAUCUACAGCAGGUCCAACAUCUGGAACUAGUCUGACAUCUACAGCAGGUCCAACAUCCGGAACUAAUGUGACAUCUACAGCAAGUCCAACAUCUGGAACUAGCCUGACAUCUACAGCAAGUCCAACAUCUGGAACUAGCCUGACAUCUACAGAAGGUCCAACAUCUGGAACUAGCCUGACAUCUACAGCAGGUCCAACAUCUGGAACUAGCCUGACAUCUACAGCAGGUCCAACAUCUGGAACUAGUCUGACAUCUACAGCAGGUCCAACAUCCGGAACUAAUCUGACAUUUACAGCAAGUCCAAUAUCUGGAACUAAUCUGACAUCUAUAGCAGGUUCAACAUCUGGAACUAGUCUGACAUCUACAGCAGGUCCAACAUCCGGAACUAAUCUGACAUCUACAGCAAGUCCAACAUCUGGAACUAAUCUGACAUCUACAGCAAGUCCAACAUCUGGAACUAAUCUGACAUCUACAGCAAGUCCAACAUCUGGAACUAAUCUGACAUCUACAGAAGGUCCAACAUCUGGAACUAGCCUGACAUCUACAGAAGGUCCAACAUCUGGAACUAGUCUGACAUCUACAGCAGGUCCAAAAUCUGGAACUAGUCUGACAUCUACAGAAGGUCCAGCAUCUGGAAGUAGUCUGACAUCUACAGCAGGUCCAACAUCUGGAACUAGUCUGACAUCUACAGCAGGUCCAACAUCCGGAACUAAUCUGACAUCUACAGCAAGUCCAACAUCUGGAACUAAUCUGACAUCUACAGCAGGUCCAACAUCUGGAACUAGUCUGACAUCUACAGCAGGUCCAACAUCCGGAACUAAUGUGACAUCUACAGCAAGUCCAACAUCUGGAACUAAUCUGACAUCUACAGCAAGACCAACAUCUGGAACUAAUCUGACAUCUACAGCAAGUCCAACAUCUGGAACUAGCCUGACAUCUACAGAAGGUCCAACAUCUGGAACUAGCCUGACAUCUACAGCAGGUCCAACAUCCGGAACUAAUCUGACAUCUACAGCAAGUCCAACAUCUGGAACUAAUCUGACAUCUACAGCAGGUCCAACAUCUGGAACUAGUCUGACAUCUACAGCAGGUCCAACAUCUGGAACUAGUCUGACAUCUACAGCAGGUCCAACAUCCGGAACUAAUCUGACAUCUACAGCAAUACCAAAAUCUGGAACUAGCCUGACAUCUGCAGCAAGUCCACCAUCUGGAACUAGCCUGACAUCUACAGAAGGUCCAACAUCUGGAACUAGCCUGACAUCUACAGCAAGUCCAACAUCUGGAACUAGCCUGACAUCUACAGCAGGUCCAACAUCCGGAACUAAUCUGACAUCUACAGCAAGUCCAACAUCUGGAACUAGCCUGACAUCUACAGAAGGUCCAACAUCUGGAACUAGCCUGACAUCUACAGCAAGUCCAACAUCUGGAACUAGCCUGACAUCUACAGCAGGUCCAACAUCUGGAACUAGCCUGACAUCUACAGAAGGUCCAACAUCUGGAACUAGUCUUACAUCUACAGCAGGUCCAAAAUCUGGAACUAGUCUGCCAUCUACAGAAGGUCCAGCAUCUGGAAGUAGUCUGACAUCUACAGCAGGUCCAACAUCUGGAACUAGUCUGACAUCUACAGCAGGUCCAACAUCCGGAACUAAUCUGACAUCUACAGCAAGUCCAACAUCUGGAACUAAUCUGACAUCUACAGCAGGUCCAACAUCUGGAACUAGUCUGACAUCUACAGCAGGUCCAACAUCCGGAACUAAUGUGACAUCUACAGCAAGUCCAACAUCUGGAACUAAUCUGACAUCUACAGCAAGACCAACAUCUGGAACUAAUCUGACAUCUACAGCAAGUCCAACAUCUGGAACUAGCCUGACAUCUACAGAAGGUCCAACAUCUGGAACUAGCCUGACAUCUACAGCAGGUCCAACAUCCGGAACUAAUCUGACAUCUACAGCAAGUCCAACAUCUGGAACUAAUCUGACAUCUACAGCAGGUCCAACAUCUGGAACUAGUCUGACAUCUACAGCAGGUCCAACAUCUGGAACUAGUCUGACAUCUACAGCAGGUCCAACAUCCGGAACUAAUCUGACAUCUACAGCAAUACCAAAAUCUGGAACUAGCCUGACAUCUACAGCAAGUCCAACAUCUGGAACUAGCCUGACAUCUACAGAAGGUCCAACAUCUGGAACUAGCCUGACAUCUACAGCAAGUCCAACAUCUGGAACUAGCCUGACAUCUACAGCAGGUCCAACAUCUGGAACUAGUCUUACAUCUACAGCAGGUCCAACAUCCGGAACUAAUCUGACAUUUACAGCAAGUCCAAUAUCUGGAACUAAUCUGACAUCUACAGCAGGUUCAACAUCUGGAACUAAUCUGACAUCUACAGCAAGUCCAACAUCUGGAACUAGCCUGACAUCUACAGAAGGUCCAACAUCUGGAACUAGCCUGACAUCUACAGAAGGUCCAACAUCUGGAACUAGCCUGACAUCUACAGCAAGUCCAACAUCUGGAACUAGUCUGACAUCUACAGCAGGUCCAACAUCUGGAACUAGUCUGACAUCUACAGCAGGUCCAACAUCCGGAACUAAUCUGACAUUUACAGCAAGUCCAAUAUCUGGAACUAAUCUGACAUCUACAGCAGGUUCAACAUCUGGAACUAAUCUGACAUCUACAGCAAGUCCAACAUCUGGAACUAAUCUGACAUCUACAGCAAGUCCAACAUCUGGAACUAAUCUGACAUCUACAGCAAGUCCAACAUCUGGAACUAGCCUGACAUCUACAGCAAGUCCAACAUCUGGAACUAGCCUGACAUCUACAGCAAGUCCAACAUCUGGAACUAGUCUGACAUCUACAGCAGGUCCAACAUCCGGAACUAAUCUGACAUUUACAGCAAGUCCAAUAUCUGGAACUAGUCUGACAUCUACAGCAGGUCCAACAUCCGGAACUAAUCUGACAUCUACAGCAAGUCCAACAUCUGGAACUAAUCUGACAUCUACAGCAAGUCCAACAUCUGGAACUAAUCUGACAUCUACAGCAAGUCCAACAUCUGGAACUAGCCUGACAUCUACAGCAAGUCCAACAUCUGGAACUAGCCUGACAUCUACAGAAGGUCCAACAUCUGGAACUAGCCUGACAUCUACAGAAGGUCCAACAUCUGGAACUAGUCUGACAUCUACAGCAGGUCCAAAAUCUGGAACUAGUCUGACAUCUACAGCAGGUUCAACAUCUGGAACUAGUCUGACAUCUACAGCAGGUUCAACAUCUGGAACUAGUCUGACAUCUACAGCAGGUCCAACAUCUGGAACUAGUCUGACAUCUACAGGAGGUACAAGUCAUGUAACAAACACAGGUUUCACAGCCCCCAGUACAACUAAUUCCACUUCAUCUUCUACAGCAAAAGUAGGCGCAGCAUCUGUGGCAGAUAUUAGCAGUAACGUGGCAAGUGUGUCAGGAAGCAGCCCCCUAUCUGACUACAUAACUGCUAUCAUUGUACUGUUCAGUAUAAUUGUCCUUGCAAUCCCUAUAGUAAUUAUCCUGGCAAUCAAGAGUGGAAUCUUCAGCUGGCUGUUUGGCGCCGGCGCUGUGGGUGGAGCCAGUAGUUCAGCUGAAUCUGGUCUGAUGGGAACAAGCGUUGGAGUCAGCAUACCAAACUUUAGAUCUGGCUCUUAUGAUCUUCCUCGAUGAUUCGCUGCGUAACAAAAUUUUGCAAAAAUGAUCUGCAGUAGCUGGAACGAAGCAAACCGUCUGAAUGUUAGCACUGCAUCCCCGGGACGUG